AUGGCGUCGACAUUAAACAACGAAGGGGGCAGCGGGAGGAAAUGCCGUUUUGCAACGGUUGACCCAGCUGAUAUGCCGGCACCACACAUCAACCCUUUCUUCCGGUUGUUCAUAUACAUUUACUAUAUUCUUAGUUCUGGUUGCAUUUACUGGGGAUGGAAUGGCAUCCAAGAGAUUCUCUACAAGGCUGGUGCUUUUGAGGAGUUAUGCAACGGUAGCACGGAAGUAACCCAAAAGGUUCUGUACAAUGCACAAUACAUUGACUGCCCAGCCAGGGCUGGUGGGAUAAACAACCUGUACACGCUGGCUUAUUCCACCCACUUCAUCUGCUCUUUCUUCAGCGGAUGGCUGUUGGAUCGUUUUGGACCUCGUAUUUGUUUCUUAGUGGGCCACUUUUUCUCCGCGGCGGCAUGGCUCCUCAUUUUCUGUUUUCCGACCAACGGCCGUUUGUUGCAGGUCGCCUUCGUGCUCGUUGGCCUGUUCUGUGAAGCUUGCUACAUUCCCAUGUUAUCGGUGAGCAAGUACUUCCCGAAUGGCUCUUCCACUGUGAUUGCAAUCAUGGGAUCGUGCCGUUCGCUUUCAUACUUCGUGCCGACGUUGUUAGCUUGGAUAUACCACUUGGGCAAUGUCGAAAAGAAGAUGUUGUUUGCCAUAGGUAUCGGUUAUCUCCUGGUCGCGAAUGUGCUAUGUUUCGUUUCUGGGUUAUUUGUUAUCCCGAAAGUGAUUCCUGUUGCCCCCUCUGAAAAGAAUGCACGGACCGAAACGGGGUCCACUCCUGCAUGCGAAGUUGUAACGGAUUCAGCAGUUGCAGAAUCCGAGGACAAGAAAAGUUUGUCCGUCAUGGAUCGCAUUAAAAACGGGCUUAAGAGUCCGUUCCUGUUGGAGUUUGUCAUUUUGGGAUUCUCAGUGUGUUUCUUCAUGCCGUCCAUUGAAUUCAUCAACAAAUCUCAAGGUAAUCUAUUGGUGGCGUCCGGACACGGUGGUGACGCUACCGGAAUUUUCAAGUAUAUUAAUAUAGCCACAUUCGUGCCUGCACCCUUCUUGGGCGCCGUAAUGGACAAAGUCGGCCCGGCUAUUGUGAUGAACUUCUUGCACUCGUGCACUGUACUUUAUUACGCCUGUGCGGCGUUUGACAUUUACGCAAUGAAGAUUGCUGCCUGCUGCUGCUAUCUGCUGGCAGGUUCAUUAUGUGUAUCGACAGUGUAUUGUUACGUCAACACAAGAUUCCCGUCGCAAUACUUCGGUACAUUGGUGACCAUAAUUUUUGGCGUCGCUGGUCUAGUCUCACUGAUUAACAUACCGCUUUACAACUGGGGGUUGACUCUGAAGGCGGAGAUACCUGAGCAAAGCUUCCGCCCCCUGGCGUAUGUCUUUAUGGGAUACAUGGGACUUGCCUGCACGCUGAGUGCGACUUUAGUUUACAUUUCUGUCAUCCAUCCGAAAAGGAUGGCCGCAAUGUCUAUGGCUGCGGAGUAG